CUGCCAGAAGCGAUCCGGCUGUAUACAUGUUCCAGCCGCUGGCCGCUGCUGUUGGAGUUUUUGUGGCAGCUGUGCACACUUCCACCACCGUCAAUAGACUUUCAAGCUCCACCGGUUUGGUAGCGCCAUUCGAAAGCCGACCAUCCGGCCGUGUAGACCCUUCCUUGUUCUACCCGCUUCCCCCUGGUUCUAUCAGUCGGUCCGUUUCGCGUGACCCAGUGCGCUCGUAUUUUCCAGUUUGGUUGGCCCAUUUCUUUUUCAUUUGGCUUCGACUUUGCGGUGCUUUACUUGGCGUGUAUUUGUGAGAGUGAAUACGAAACUAUUCCGUUUUUUUUUUCCUUCCGUGAGAAAACAAAGAACACGAACCGUUUUUUAAAACAAAAAAAAAAAAGGUUUAUCGUGAGUUUUGCAGCCAAGAAGAAAUUUGAUCGAUAAAUUUCUGCGAAAAUCGCUGUGCACAUUUGUGUUGAUAUCAAUUCGAGAUUACACUGAACCUGAAUCAAAUCUGUUUGGUCAAAUGGUGACCGAGUUGAUCACGGCCGACUCAGGGAAGACGAAGGCCAGUCCCAAACCGCUCAAAGGAGCCAUGAAAGUCAUCAAGAAGCUCAAAGGGCGCAUCGGAUUAGGUUCGAACAAUGGCGACGGCAGCGCGUCGCAGCCGAUUCUACAGUUCCACAACACGCGCGGAGAGCACGUCCGCUUAUCAGCCGAUCGGAGCACGGCCCGCCGCGUCGAUUCUUUCUGCAAAGGCAUCGCUUUCUCCCAGCGCACCGUCCGUCCCAAUGAAAAGGUUUAUCUACGCGUGGCGGAAUGUUCCACAUCAUGGAACGGAGUGCUCCGUAUUGGCUUCACAUCAUGCAAUCCGGCAUCCUUCAGCGGAGUCUUGCCCAAAUACGCCUGCCCUGAUUUGACGAGCCGUCCCGGUUUCUGGGGUAAGGCAUUGCCUGAACGCUACGUCGACGUCGGCGUCCUCUUCGCGUUCCACUUCACGGCCAGUGGCGAUGUGAUGCUCAACGUCAACGGACAGGAUAAGGGCGUCUUUUUGACGGGCGUCGAUGCACGCACGCCACUUUGGAUCAUGGUUGACAUUUACGGCAACACGACAGCCGUCCAAUUUGUUGAUCCUCGAGGCAGUUUAAAUAACAAUCCGAUGCGUAAUUCGCCGACGAGGAGAAGUACCACGAGUUUGCAGUCGAGCGCAUCCAGCAGUGGAAUUAGUAGCACUUUGGCUUCGAAUGACAUUAAUCAAAGGCCGCACCACCUCCAGCAGCUGCACCAUCAGCAGCAAAUGCCGCGGCCGCGCAGCGAAGCCGAUUUGCUCGUCUCGAUGAACGCGCUCAACUUGAAUCGCGGACCUCAUCAACUCCCGAGUCUGCCCUUACCGCCCAUUCCUGGAAGUCUCCAACAGCAACUGCAGUCGUCCAACAAUUCGGCUGGACAGCCGCCGGCACCGCCCGCCGUCCUCCAGAAUUUUCCGCCUCCCCCUCCAUUGCGUCACUACCGCCACCACGUCUUUCAGCCGUUGACGUUCCACCCGCGCACGCACGGCGUCAACAUCCGCAUGGGACCCGAUUGUCGCACAGCCGUCCGCCACGACGCCGAGUUCUGCAACGGCUACGUCCUCUCGUCCAGGCCCAUCAACCCGGGCGAGUCGUGGGUCGUUCAGAUCGUCCAGACGGAAUCCAUCUACGUCGGCGGAAUGGGAUUCGGCUUCACCACUUGCAAUCCAGCAUCUCUUUCAUCCACUGACUUGCCCGACGAUGCCGACCAACUCCUCGAUCGACCGGAAUAUUGGGUCAUUUCCAAAGAUGUCGCUCACGGACCGAUCCUUGGUGAUGAAAUCGAAUUCCACCUGUCUCACAGCGGCGAAGUGACGAUGAUGAGGAACCGAGGCGCCGCCACCCUUUUGAUGCACGUUGACGUUUCCCUGCCGCUUUGGGCCAUCUUUGACGUUUACGGAAGCACCCGAGCCGUCCGUCUCCUGGGCACAAUCGCACCACCUCAGCUGGCCGAACAACCCGCCGUCAUCUACCAGGCACCUCCUCGUAUGAGCCCACCUCGUCCUCAGCAACCUCAGCCUAUUUAUCAAUCCGUCCCGUCCGCCGCUCACAUGAUGCAACAAUCGUUUCCGUCGGGUGUCUUGUCUUCCGGCACGGCUUCCUACGUCGAAACGUUGACGCACAGCCUCAAUUGCCAAUCGGGAACCGGGUCCAGCAGUGAAUGCACCGUCUGCUACGAACGCAGCGUCGAUUGCGUCCUCUACUCGUGCGGUCACAUGUGCCUGUGCUACGAUUGCGCCCUGACUCUCUACCACGGAGGCCGGACGGCCGGUGGCCAGGGUUUGUGCCCCAUCUGUCGGGCGCCGAUCCGCGACGUCAUCCGGGCCUACCGAUCUUAGUUCAAACUGACAGCAUUUUUUUGUGUGUAUUCCUUCCUUCUCUUUUGCUUUCAUUUCCUAAAGUCACGUGAUGAAAAUGGGUGUUUUUGCUUCUCCUACUCGGUGCCCUAGUCGGUUCGAAUCGAGACCAACUGUCUCGAUUUCAAACAAAACGUAACCAAAGUCACAAGGCAUUCGAAAAAAACUUUCGACUCAAUUUCAACAAUCUCACUUUCAUAUCAAUUUUUUCGUCCAUUUUCUUUCGCUAUUUUUUUUUUUUUUCGAGUAUUUUGGCUCUCUGUUUCUUUUUCUAAUUUUUCGCGACACAAUCAGAGAAUUUCAAAUCAUUUGAGUCAUGCGGUGGUCGGUGUACAAAAAAAAAAAAAUAAUUUCCAGAUAUAAAAAAAAAAUGUGUUUGCCAAUUAGAAGUUGGUAUUAUGAAUUCAGGACAACAAACACAAACAAUAGAAAGAAAGAAAGGGGGGAGCUAAGAGAUAAUCUAACUUGUUAUUGUAAUUUUAUUUCAUCGUGAAAACACAACAAAAAAAAUCUGUAGUAGAACGAAUGUUCUGUUGAGUAUUCUAUUUGUAUGUAGAUAAGCAAAAACAAACAAAAAAAAAACAUUAGAACGCAGUGAAGUAGAAAAAGAAAAGAAAGUGGUGGUAAUCUGGGGCGGUGGGGUACGUGAAAAAGGAGGAACUUUUUUUCUACAAUUUUGUCUGUUGAUGGAUUGAUUUGUUCGUGUCACGAGUUUGUCCCCAGCGGAGACGAACGGCCGAUCACCGAUUAUUUGUUUGCGUUUUACAUUGAAUUUAACACAUACUUUAUACUAACUCACGCCCCUUCACUCAUUAUUUCGAAUCUCCAAAACAAAAACAUCCACCACGUCCCCAUUUUUUCUUUGUGUGUUUUGAACGCGUCUGAUUUCUUGCAUAUUCCUUUCUCCUAUCACAUGUUUUUUUUUUAAAUAAUGAAAUGAUUAUCAAUACAGAAAAAUGACGACAAUCAUUUUUUUAAACGAAA